GCCGAUCAGAAAGGAUGAAGAGGGGACUUUUUUUUGUGGAACGAUUUCUUCUGUUGAAGUCAUUGGGAGCACGAGGGCUUGAGGGCCACUGGGCAUGAGUUGCACGUCGAAAGCACGGUUUCCCCACAAAGUGGAGACAUCAUCGAGCAAAGAAACCAAGACGGGGACGACACUAUAUCAAUGGAGGUGGUUCUUAGCUGAGUGUUCUGUUCCGUGUCAAGACAACGAUGCCGACUCCAAUCAACUGCUUUGGCUCUGGAGCUAAAUCUGUUGUACUUGACCACGUCUUUGCCGCGCGUAUCCCGCUCCGCCAGCCGCGUAUCCCGGCCAUGACGACGAUGGUGCAGACCAGCACCGAAACCUCUACUUGCUCCUCAUGUGGAUCCUUUGGAUCCUUCGAGAGCGAGGUGAAGGAAGAACAGCCAUGUUUGGAGGACAAGGCACGGAUGCCGCCCGUGAGCUCCUUGUUGUUGAUCCACUACUUCCUGAUUUUGUGCACGGUGAACCUGGUGAUUACCAUCCCCACGGCCAAUGAAUAUGCCGAAAGGCUGGGUGCUGGUCGGCUGUUUGCCGGGCUGAUGAUUGGAUGUUUACCCAUCCUGAGUAUCGCUGGCAAUCUUUGCAACCAGAAGCUCUUUGCUUGUUUACCCUUUAAGACCAUUUGGGUCAUUUGUUCCUUGGGAACCGUCCUGGGCUCGGUGCUCUAUGCCUUAGCUGGCUUGAUGAGAUUCAAAUGGACGCUGUUGAUCUCGAGAGGCUUGAUGGGUUUCUUCAGCGCCUUCAGCCUGCCGGGCAUUUACGUCUCGCACACUGUGGGUGUCGAGCGGCGCAGUGAGGUCUUGUUCUACUUCUCUGCGGUGCUGCAGCUGGGCUGUGCCGCAGGCCCGGCCUUGGCUGCUAUGCUGGAGGCAUCGAUGAAAUUUAUCAAGAUCAACAACCUGGUUUUGGACUCUGACACCAUUCCAGGCUGGUUCAUGGCUGCAGCGUAUCUCUUCUUCACAGUGAAGAUCAUCUUGUGCUUAAAGGAUCUUCCGCCCAACGUUUUGACCCGGGAGGUGACGUCAGGUGGGCGCACCUUGGAGAGCCCUAAGACUAAGAACCGGAUGAAGAUGUCCACGAUGGCAGCAGCAUGCGCCAUGUUUUGGCAGCUCUUUGUGUCCAGCGCCGUGAUCACCGGCGUCGAGGUCUACACCAUCAAUGUGGCACGGCACCAUAUGGGGUGGUCCAUUGAGAGCAGUGCCUGGUUCGUGGCGAUUCUGAUGUUAAUCUCGGGCGUCUUCAACCUGAGCUUGGGCAAAGUGAUUCAGUGCAUGGCCUUCAAUGAUAUCACAGGCUUGCUGAUGGGCACCUUUGUUGCUUGCCUCUCGUGUGUCUUCUUGUUCAACUUUGAUUUGGACAGUCAAUCCUGGAAAGUGUCCUUAUUGUCCUUUGGGUUGAUCUCAGUGUUGGUCACCAAUGGCUUGACGCGAGCCUUGGCCCUGAGUAUUUGUUCCAAGCUGGUUCCAGCGGAGGCGGUGAACUCCAUCAUGACUUGGGCCACGGUGGCGAUGCACCCCGGAUCGCAGAUCUGCAGUCGAGUGCCAGUGGGAUGUGUCUCACAGAAGGAUCUUGGAGGCACCUACCUUAAGACCCUAAUUACAUCUAAUCUAUUUUAUGUAUCACAAAAUGCUUCUGUGAAGAGAUUUUAGUGGGAAAACAUUUAGACUCACUCCUGAAAGGGCGACAUGCGAACUACUAGCUGAUUUCCUGUCAGUUCCGGUCCCGAUGAAAAGGACGGCCUCCCUUUGUGAGACCACGACUGAGACCCGAUCAGCCUCGACGUGUUUAAGGAAACGGUGGGUCUUCGUGGUGUGGCGAAACCAUCUUCGCACCUACCCGUGUGGAAGACGAAACCAUUUUUGUUGCUUUGCAGAACGUCGAUGGAACGGGGCCUGAACUUGGCAGGUGGUGCGAAGCUUCCCCAGAGUGUUGGCCAGUCUGAGGUCAUCCAAUCCACCCCAGUCGGAUCUCCUCACAGCUAAGCGCUCCCCAAAUACGCUUCCUCCAUCCGACCCCAGCACCGACCCGGGCCACUUUCCCUCGACCCUCGGCCGUUUCCCCGGUUUGCCCGGAGCGAACUGGUGGACCGGUGCCAGGUCCUUGGGCCGUGGAGGCGGCUCCAUCAUUUGCGCCGUGCUGAAUCCCGACAGCUUCGCACCAGUGUUGCUGGGCUUAUUCGCAGUGACCCUGAUGUUCAGCUGGGCGACCAGGAAGUACAUGAAGCCCGACAUGAAGGCGAGCUAAGUGAGCGCAGCGCAGCGCAGCCUCAAAAAGGCCUGGAGAGCCGAAAAUGGGAUCGGGUGCCGAGUCCAGCUG